CUCAUAUGUUAUUUUAUGCUUUCAGUUUAGUGUGUCAUUUAAGCUCAACCUUAUUUUACAGCGUUUAUUUUAUUAUAGAAUAAUAUAAUGGGACGAAGUUCAAUUCAGCAGGGAAGGCCGUUGCUUUUUGCGCUAUCUAUGAUCCUUCUUGUUUCUACAACAAUGGCUUUUCGCCCAUUUCUAAGAGGUUCCCAACGAGCUCCCAUGUUGUUCACAAAAGAUGAAAUGGAGAUAAAACACGCUUUUGUUAGCAAUGUAGAGAAGAAUCAACCCACAGUGAAGGAAUGCGAUGAAGAAUGCUUAGAUCGUAGAACUCUAGUAGCUCAUACAGACUAUAUUUAUACACAAGAACACAAGAACCCAUAGAUACUCUACUCUCUUAAUGUAGAUGUUAUGUUUCACUAUUAUUAUAGAUAAUGUUAUAAUACUCCUUGAGAUUGGAGAGUUUAGUUGAGUCUUAGGGUAGCUUUGAGAUAUGCAGAUAAGAAUACUUCAAAGUCCAUGAGAUGCGCUAUGAACAUUCUGCCUGUAUAUACUUGUCUCUUCAUAUAUAUAGAUGUUAUUCAGUCUCUUACAUGAUUUAUAAAUUCACAUGUAUUCGUUUUCUGAAGUUUUGUGUAUAUUUAAAGACACUUAUUUGCUCUU